AAGGCGGUUCUCUGUUUCGUGGUCUAGUGUCAGCUGAAUUGCGGCGCUGGUGGUUACUACUGACGGGUGGCGGAUAAUUCUUCCAAUCAUGAUUGCCCCUCUAAGAUGCCAAACCCACCAUUCUUUGAACUUUUAAAAUAUUUAUAAUAUUUUAAGUGCACUGGGGUGUACGCGUGCACGCGUCAUCCGAGGCAGCUCUGGAGUACGAUACACGCCUGUGGCAAGUGGAUUAACUUUGCCCAUCGAGGCUGACGUUAGCCAGUUUUGUUUGCCGGGCACUGCCGGAUUAGUCAGCUCUCCAAGGGCUCAGCGGCUCCCUCCGGGAUGCAGCGUGGGCUUCGUGGCGGACCUCGCUGAUAGCAAUAGGCCGGCUUUUUGCGAACUGUGUUGGCCGGCAGUUUAUUGAGCGCAGCCGAAACGGGAUUUUCGAGGAUUUCAGCGCUCUGAGGAGACGGCGACAUUUGUAUUUUUUUUAACCACACUCGAACUUUUCCCAGUUCUUCGUAGCACCACCGAGGAUAUUUAAUAACGUUGGGAUCCGGCCUUGCAGACGAGAAAGUGUCGCUGUACGGUCAUAAAGUAACGCAGGCAAAUGCACUGCCCUAGCUGGUUAGGUGAUGGUCACCUAUUGCAGCUAGCGGGUGGGUUUAUGUUUAUUUUACUUAACGAUGAAGCAGGAUCUAAAGAGCAAAUGAAGCAUUACUGAUCUAACGAGCGGAGGUCGAUGCUACUUUUCGCCAAAGUUAUUUACUAGUUGCCUCAUCGUUCGCUUCGCCAUGAGUUUUCUGGACGACCUCUGGGGGUACUUUCCCGUGGAGGAUGUGCAGUGGUUGUUCCUGGUCACGCUGUUCAUCACGUCAGUUGUCACAGUUUUUGUGUACCUGGUGCAGUACUUUUACGGGGAUCCAGGGCUGAGGGGGUCCGGGGUGGCCUCUGGAGAAGCUGGUGCACUGCUGAACUGGGCGCUGUCAUUGAAAAGCUGGAGGUGUCAGUGGAGGAGAGCCUGGGUGAAAGCCCUUAACGACGAGGCCAAGAAGCCCGGGAGCCCCAUGCUUCUCAGUUUUGAAGAGGAUGGUCAGCAGUCUUCAGAGCUUGAGGUCACCCAUGUAUCCAGCUUCAAGAAGUCUGAGGAGUGUAAGAGUGUACGCUGCCAGGUGACGGGCAGUAAGCUGGAGUUCUCACUCUGCAUGUUGUCGCCGAUGGUAACCGCAGCCCCCUUGCGGUACGCCGUUACAGUCUCUCCCCUUCAGCUGCAGCUGGAUUUGCAGAUGCGUGAAACUGCAGGGGAAGUCCAGGUUUCCUGGGUGUUGUCCAGUGUCGACUCGUGGGACUUGCGGCUAACGCCCAGCCAUUCGCAGGGUUACACUGCGGCCCCCAGCUCUGCAGAGGUCCGAGACAGAGUGAGGCACAUUCUCUCUGAAGCCCAGCCAUUUGUGCUGUUGAGCAGCCAGCCCGCCCAGGGGGUGGAGCUUAAGGAAGCACGCAACAAAGCCCUUCAGGUGGCCCUGCCCCCCAAGCCCCCGCGGGCACACGACUGGAAGCUUCUGGUGAAGAACAUCCGGGUGGAUCUCGAUCGGGAGGACAGCAGUGCUGCAGGCAGCGCAGACUUAUACUGUCUUCUGCGACUCGACGACCCUCCCCAGAGGUUCACCAGCGCUGUGUCGCGCAACACCUCCAGCCCCUCCUGGGAGCAGCCUUUCAUCUUUGAGCUGAGUGGGCGAUCUAAAGAGCUGAACCUUCAAGUCCUGGAUGAUGGCAAGCCACUGGAGAGUUCAUUGGUGGGAGAGGUUUUGGUGCCCUUUAAUCUUGUGAAGAAGCAUCCUGCCGGACUGCAGACAUUUGCACUUAAGGCUAAAGAUAAAGUAGUUGGCUCACUUUGUACUGAGUUCACCUACCUCGAGCCCAGUGAGGUGCGCUCCUGGCAGACGCCCACCCCUGCCCCUGCUAAGAAGGUGGAGAUGGACCGCACGGUGAUGCCCUGUGGCACCGUCGUCACCACCGUCACCGCGGUGAAGAGCAAGCCGGGAAGGGCCCUGUCAUUUGGGGCCAGAUCAGAAUCUCCCUUGAAGGCCCCACAAAAUCUGCCUGAGAGACUGACCCCAGAGAAGUCUGCUGGGGCGACCACCGUCAGCAAGGCCCUGUCAUCCUCAGAUACAGAGCUCAUGAUGCUGAACGGGACGGACCCUGUGGCUGAGGCAGCCAUCCGGCAGCUCCACGAGUCGGCCAAGCAAAAGUUGAAGUCUCCAGUCAAGAAAAGCACCAUCAUCAUUUCGGGAGUGGCAAAGACCCCUUUAUCUCAAGAUGAAGAGAUGGUGCUGAUGGCAGGCUAUGCAGCGGCGAUGGAUGCGUCCAUGACAGAGGCCCCGCUCAGCACGUCCACAUCAGUGGCCUCUGUGCAGGAUUCCACCGUGCGGGAUUCCACUGCACGAAACCUAUCUGACCCCAGGGAGGGUCCCAGUGGCACAGAGCCCUCAGCAGACUGGGACGACCAGCUUGUCCCAGACCCCGAUACAGAUAAGAAGUCCGCUCUGUCCCUCUGCAUAUCCGAGACGGAUUCCAAAAAGAGAAAAGGCAGCUUCCUGCACAAGAGUGCCAAGCUCUUCUUUCGGCGCCGGCACCAGCGCAAGGAUCCGGGGAUGAGCCAGUCGCAUAACGACCUGGUGUACCUGGACCCGCCCACCGCCACAGACAAGGAGCGCCGCACAGCCACCUUCGGCCGCCUAGUCAACAGGAAGCUGCUGCCAAAGAACAGGACGGCAGCUAAUGGGUCAGCGGGGGAGCCGCAUGCGUGACUGCAUCGCCCCCUAGAGGAGGGGCCGGAGUGUUUCCUCAUUGCGCACUGUGACCGGAAACACGUUCUCAACAUCUCAAGGAAAUGAUGUUCCGUACUAAUCUGAGCAGAUUCCUGAUGAUGGAUUAUAGACAAUUACACCACCUUAUGAAUGAACGAUUGCAGUAGAUGUUCUGUUUUCAUUUACUAGGUCAUGACCUUCGAAAUCCUGUUGUAUGUACCAGCCAUGGGGUACCUCUUGGUCAUUAAUCCCUUUUAUUCAGAUUUGAAGCUGUGGGUUGAGAAGAGGGCGGCAGCAUUGGCCCGAUUUUGCACAUUUGAUGGGAUCAUGCGCUUCUCAGCUUCAUAAAAGCCUACUUUAAAUGUAGUUGAGUGCAAUGUGUGCUCCAGUAGAUGUUUGUCUCCUGUAUACAGGCUAUACAGUAUAUUAUCCCACUUAAAUGCUGUUUCCUAGUCGCAAAAAGCUGAGUGGUAAUUUUGAAAAGCUUUUCCCUCCUCAGUUACUGUCUAGUUUGAUUGCUUGGUUCAGCCUAACUCUUUCUACUGUGAAAAUUGCUUUCCAGUGUGACGACAGCUAGAUUACAUGCAUAAAUCCAGCAACUUGAGGUAUGAGAGGCAAAACUCUCAGCACAAAAUGUUCUAAGUCCAUUGUUUCAUUACUGCUGUGGUGGUCUUGGCUUCAUUUCCUUACCCACUUUUCUGAAGGUGUUCACUUAAAUGCGAUUACGUAAAGGGCGACGGACACUAAUGACUACUCCAGCUUGUUUUAAAACUGUGUGCGCAAACUUUUAAAAUGAAUGGACAGCUUUAAGCUGUAGGAAACAAGGAUGGUUUUCCUGGUGGCUGAGGCCCGGACUGUGGUUUUCAUUUGGGUAAGUGAGUAUAAGCAGUGACCCCCAUACUCAUCCCUGACUGUCCGAGACUACUGUUUUCCUGAACGAGGCCGGCUGUGUGUGUGUGUUUUUUUUUUUUUUAUUGUUUUUUUUAACGUAACUGCUCAGCACUAUAUUGUGGAAGCACUUGGAGACUCAACUUGAAAGCUUGAGAGUCCACAUUCUGUUUACCAUGCACUGGGACAGACCGAUUGAUACUGAUGAUGCCGGUCCACAGCGGCCAACGGGAUAGGCCGGCCUCCCUUUUUACGCUUAACAGGUGAACAUUUGUAUUUGCUGGAGGCUACACACUGUAGUUCUUCGUGAAAGAUGCCUGCCACUUGUUUUCACUAGAGGUGAAUAUGGAUCAAAUGGACGAAGCUGGGAGUCGCCAUGUCGAUUCAAAACUUUAACAUGUCCAUGUGGAAACAGGGCCUUCACUUGUAUGUCAAGGGCUGUAAGUGUUGCAGUGCCUUUAAACCCAGUAGGAACAGGAGGAGAAAAACAUGCCCUCUUAUGCAUUUCCACUGCCCAGAUGUAUCUCACUAGCUUGGUUAUAAACUCUGUAUUUGGCUUUUAUUUUUGUUUUGGUAAUGGUGGACAGUACACCUGUAGUGUCUCAAAUGACCUGAUUGCUCACUGUUUUGCGAGGUUCAUAGCCAUCUCUCUCAGCUCAUUUGUAAACUUAAACCAAAAAUAAUCAGAACUGAGGUAUUAAUCAAAUGAGAAUCUUACAGACUCUGACCCUAACAAUUGUACCAGGAAAGCCUAUACAGAUGGCCUGUAAAUAUUGUAAUUGCUUAAUGACAUUUCAUAUUUGCAUCAAGUUCCAAUCAUAGUAAGGGCAUUUUGAUGGCCCUUUAGAUUGUUGGUCAGUGCAAUUAAAGGAUUAAAACAUAUCAGGACUCUAAUUUCAAGCAAUAAAUAUUUACUGAAUAACCAU